AAAGUAUGAGGAUCUAAAUUAAAACCAAGCUAGGGUUUUGAUGGAGGCAUAUAUAGAAGAAUUACGUCUCCAUGAUCCGUCUUCAAGAACUCUCACAAGGGAAAUCGCCGCCUUAGCAAAACCCUAACGUGAAGUAGGAGCAAUGGCGACAGUACCAGGGCAGCUGAUAUGGGAGAUCGUAAAGAAGAACAACUCUUUUCUCGUGAAGGAGUUCGGCAAUGGAAAUCAAAGCGUUCAGUUUAGCAAAGAGCCUAAUAAUCUCUACAAUCUCAACUCAUACAAACACUCUGGACUAGCCAACAAGAAGACAGUCACUAUCCAGCCAGCUGGUAAAGAUCAAUCUGUGUUGCUUGCAACGACUAAAACCAAGAAACAGGGAAAACCUGCAAGUUUGCUUAACAAAUCCAUUAUGAAAAAGGAGUUCUACCGCAUGGCAAAGGCAGUUUCAAACCAGGUGGGAGAUAACUAUUACAGGCCAGAUUUGAAGAAGGCUGCACUUGCUAGGUUGAGUGCUGUGAGCAGGAGUCUUAAGGUCUCAAAAUCUGGUGUGAAGAAGAAGAACAGACAGGCUUACAAGGUUGGUGGUAGGAAAUGAAGCUCUGAUCUGAUAUUUUUAUCAUAAUUAUCUUGUUAUUCAAUCAUAUUAAUGUUUGGUUUGCAUGAGGAUAGUUAAAUGUGCAACUCGUUUUGGUUUACACCAAUUUUCAGAAUACAAUUUUGAUGGUUUUUGGCCUGGUUAUGAAAGUCUUUAACUAUUGCUUAUUA